ACAAUAAAAAGUAAUACUAACCAUUUUAUCUCCUAGUCAACUCAUAACUUACAUUCAGAUACCAUUAGGCAAAAUUAUUCUUCUCAAAAGUUUCAAGAAGUUAUAUAUAGCCUAAGUUUAUGUUUGAGUUUAAAAUUAGAAAUCACUAGGUAAAUAUUUUACAUAUUCACUGUAGUCAUUAUUACUCUAUAUUUUCUUUCAUGUCCUUUACUCCACUCCUUCGGGCAUGCACCCGUUCAAAGUCCCUGCUCAAUGGCAAGGCAGUCCAUGCAAAGCUACUCAAAUUUGGGUCCAAAGCAGACGUUUUCACAAACAAUCACUUGCUCGCCAUGUACUUAAAGCUCAAUCAGUUCGAUGAUGCCCAACGACUGUUCGACAGAAUGCUUGAAAGAAAUAUCAUUUCUUGGACAACGUUGAUUUCCACAUAUUCUCAAAUGGGUAUGUCUGAAAAAGCUUUGGGUUGUUUUAGAUCAAUGGUUCUUGAAGAUGGGUUUGCUCCAAAUGGUUAUACAUAUGUAGCUGCUUUAUCAGCUUGCACUAGCUUAGGAGCUGAAAGGACAGGGAAGGAGUUACAUGGGAGGAUGUAUAGAACUGAGGAGAGCCUUAAUAGUUUUGUGACUAAUUGUCUGGUUAAUUUUUAUGGCAAAUGUGGGUUGUUGAAGUCAGCAAGAUUGGUUUUUGAUGGCAUUUUGGAACCCAAUUCUGUAACUUGGGCUUCUCUCAUUUCUUGUUAUUGCCAGUGUGGGGAGUAUGAGGAAGGGUUGAGGAUUUUCUUGUUGGCUUUGAGGGUAGGGAGGAUAGUGAAUGAGUUUUUCUGUGGGAGUGUGUUGAAUGCUUGUGCUGCUAUGAAAAGUAUGCAACUUGGGAUGCAAAUUCAUAGUCUGAUUGUCAAGUCUGGUUUUGCGAUGGAUCAAUUUUUGGUGACUGGUUUGAUUGACUUUUAUGCAAAAUGUGGUGUAUUGGACUUGGCACGUCGAGCUUUUGAUGAGGCAGAUGCACCAGAAUUGCAUGCUUGGACUGCAAUGAUUGGUGGCUGUGUGCAGUUAGGGGGUGCAAGAGAGGCCGUUAACCUUUUCUGUUGGUUGCUCGACUCGGACUUGAAACCAAGUGAGCAAACAUUUUCAUCAAUUCUUGGAGCUUUUGCAAAUGUAAAAGAACUUAGAGUUGGGAAACAGAUCCAUUGCCGGAUUGUAAAAUUGGGGUUCAACUCAUUUAGUUUUGUAUGCAAUGCGUUGUUAGAUUUUUACUCCAAAAGUGACCUGUUUGAGGAAUCAUUAAAGCUCUUUCAAGAAAUGAAAGAACAUGAUGUUGUUAGCUGGAAUACGCUAAUUGCUGGCUGUGUGAGCUCAGGUCGGUAUGAAGAUGCUAUGAGAUUUCUCAAGGAGAUGUUGCUUGAGGGUCUCGAAGCGAAUCUUUACACUUACUCUAGCAUUUUGAGCAUUUGUGGAGAUUUACCAGCUAUUGAGUGGGGCAAACAAUCCCAUUGUCGUGUUCUGAAGCCUGGAUUUGAUUCCAAUGUGGUUGUUGGGAGCGCCCUCAUUGAUAUGUAUGCUAAAUGCGGACGACUUGUUGAUGCACGUAGAGUUUUCGACGUCCUUCCUAUGAAAAACUUGGUAUCUUGGAACACCAUGCUUGUAGGAUAUGCUCAACAUGGGUUUGGGAAAGAAGCUUUAGAGAUUUAUGCUACGAUGCAAAGUAAUGGCAUUAAACCUAAUGAUAUCACAUUUCUUGGAGUAUUAUCUGCUUGUGGACACGUUGGACUUUUAGAUGAGGGACUUCAUCACUUCAAUAGCAUGACCCAGGUGUAUGGAAUCACUCCAAGGACAGAUCACUUGGCUUGUAUAGUGAGUCUGUUUGCACGCAAAGGACAAACAAAAGAAGCUUAUGGUUUUAUAAAGAGCUUUCCAGGGGAGCCAGAUAAGGUGGUGUGGCGGUGCCUCUUGUCUGGUUGCAAAGCUAACAGAGACUUCAUCUUGGGGAAAUAUGCCGCUGAAAAGAUUUUAGGUAUCGAUCCAGAUGAUACUUCAGCCUAUAUCGUAUUGUCUAAUAUAUAUGCGGAGCUACAGAUGUGGGAUGAAACGGCCAAGAUGAGAAAGCUGAUAAAGGAGAAAUCAUUAAAGAAGGAAACUGGAUAUAGUUGGACUGAGUUGCAGAACAAAAUAUAUACAUUCUCUGCAUGUAAUAUUAUGUCCCUUCAAGAAAGCUAUCUGCAUCAAGUUUUGACUGGGUUGACGGCCCAAUUGUUUGAUUCAGGAUAUGUGCCUGAUGUCAUGUUCUCGUUGCAGUUUGAGGAGUAAGUAUACAAGAUAUCUGUAUAGAUUCAUUUACCAAUGAUUGACAGGCGAUAAUUAAGAAGCGCAAUAUUUUAAUUUGUUCUUAGCUGGAAAUUUCUGUGUGAGAGGUCGACAAUGUUAACUCCAUGACUUAUAUGUCUCAAGCAAACUCGGUCCCCAGCCUGAAUUGAGGAGAAGGAUUACAGUAGGUAGACAGGCAGCAUAGAGAUAGUCUAACCAUGAUAAAUCCUCUUGGUAGAUACAGGAGGACUCAAUCAAUCGACCCCAACUAGUUUGCUAUUGAGGCAUAGUUGAUCACUUGAUUGACUAUUGAGAGGUCAACAAAUUUUCAGAUCCUGAGCGCUGACUUAGCUAGCAACACAUCCAUUCUUCGGCCUACUCCAGUUGACCAUUCCAAAGAUAGUGAUGCCCUAGCUGAUAUGAGCUUGCCUCCUCCUUGGUUUCAAAUUUGAAUCACAUCUCUCUUUAAGAAAUAAUCGUCCCUGGUGUAGUGACCCUGCCGCUGAUAUUAUACAGUCAGACUGCUAUGGCUCUUCCAACUGGUUCUUCUUGAUUACAUAUGGUUUGAAGCUUCGGGUGCUCAAAGUUUGUCAGGCUUGGGUCCUGCUUUCUUCAACCAAUUCACCAAUACCAUAGCUGUGAUACUCCUCACUCGAGGACAAUACCUCUCUAAUAUUGAGUAAUCUUUGGCAUGUAAAUUUGAAAUGGAAAUGACAGAAAAUGCUGGAAACUUUCUCAAGGUUAAGAGAGAUUUAGUGGGGGCACAAAGAAUCCUGUGAUGUAGGAGUACUCUUAUCGUUCAAUUAAUAUUGUCUAAAUGGCGUCCUCAGUACCAUUGGAAAGAUGCACGCAUACAGACUGAACGGAAUAUUUAUUACUCCCUCCGUUUCAAUUUAGAUGAGGUAGUUUGACUUGGCACAAAGUUUAAGAAAUAAAAGAAGACUUUUGAACAUGUUGUCCUAAAAGCUUAAGGGUAAAAGCUUUGUGGGGUCAUAAUAUUUGUGUGGCUAUAAAAGU